AUGCUGUUUUUGUUCACUCUAAAAGCCAACAUGGCGGCGAGUCGCCAAAAAGUAGGAAUCGUCUGCGGCUAAAUGACGAAUUUUCGUUAUUUACAGGCGUAAUUGCAAGCCUACAAGGAAAUGGCCGAUUUAUAACGAAGCCAAAACCUUUUAUAACUCUUUAAAAGGAAGGAUUUGUCACUCCAGAUGGAUUCUGGGGACGAGGACGACCGUGAGACAGAACCGCCCCUGUCUCUGACCGGGUUUCUGUUUGGAAACAUCGAUCAGAAGGGGCAACUUGAAGAUGACGAUGUUUUGGACCAGGAAUCCAAGCGACACUUGAAUCAGUUGAACUCACUUGGAGGAUUUGGCAGUCUGGUUCAAGAGAUCACAGCAGAUACAGACAAUAACGGAGAUGAUGAACAGGAUAGUCAGACAAGCUCCAGUGGUUGGGUGCUGAACUCCCCCAGUGCUGUGGACUAUUCUGACAUCAAUGAAGCGGUUGAUGAACAGGAAAUUAGACAGUCCAUGGGCUCUCUACGGGUUCCUCAGCCAGGUUCAGACUCAACCUCUGAUGAUGAUGAUGACUAUGAUGAUGAGGGGGAGACAACAGACCGGCAGCUCAUGCCCCCACCUGCCUCCAGCCUGGUUACCAAGGCAACCAAAAUGGACUCCAGAAGCUCUCCUGUGGAGGAGUUCAAAGGUCGACCAUCCCUUCAUGAUGAAAGGGAUGCUGGGAACUCACUGUUCGCUGACGCCGGAAUCAUCUUACCAUCAGUGGUUCCUACAAGUACAAAUGGAGAAAUUACCAGAAAAGAGGAGGACAAUCUAGUCGAGAAGGGUGAUGGCAAAAGAAGGGCAUCUGAUAGCUCCCCAGAAUUGAACUGGAAGAGGAGAAGAUCCAUGGAGAAAUCUCCCAGUGGUGGAAGUCUGAAGGAUGCUCUGUUUAAAGGGAAAGAACUGCCGGAUGUGACAGUUCUGUUUCCUCAUUUCAGACAUGGAAAGGUUCUUAGAUUUAACAAGUUGUUUGGGCCGGGGAAACCGUCAUCACUGCCACAGAUUUGGAGAGGUGCCAAGCGGAGAAGAAAACGUCGGCGGCCGACGGGAGAAGAACCCGAGGAGUUUCAGGGGUGGGAGUUUGACUACGGCCCCAUCCCUCCUCCUGACCAGUGGAUGUCUGAUGAUGAGGAGAAGAUGAUGCGUCCCAUGGAAGCUUUACCAGACACAGGAACCAGAAAGGAGGCGACUCAGGAUGAGGACAGACCAGAGAUCCCUGAGUGGAGAUUUGGUCCUGCCAGGUACUGGUACGACAUGCUGGGGGUACCGGAGACUGGAGAGGGAUUCGACUAUGGGUUCAAACUGGCAGACAAUUCUGACAGUGACAGCGGUAAUGAAGGGGAUGAUGAAAGAGAAGAGACAACAAAAGAAGAACCUCCCAAACCCUCCCAACCUGAACCACAGAAAGAUGACACUGCCGAGAAGACAGAAGAUCAGACAGAAGACAUGGAAACCUCAGAAGAAGCGGAGGAGGUCCCUAAGUCAGAGUUUCCAGAAGAGGAGUACUUUUACAUGGUGGCCCAGCGGUCCUGGGAGGAUGAUAUUGUGUGGGAUGGGGAACAGAUCAAGGAUAAAGUGCUGCAGUCCAAAUCUGCAGCUAUGGCAGGAUGGAUCCCUACUAGUACCAGUAGGACUGCACAGUCCUUCAGCACACAACAAGGUUUGAACAUCAGCGUGACCCUUCCAAACAGCAUCCCCUCCACAUCAUCAGGAAAGAACCAGCAAGAUCCAGAUGGAGAUGACCAGCAGUGGUACUCCCUGUUCCCUGUGGAGAACCCUGAACUGGUGUAUGGCAACUGGGAAGAUGACAUCAUCUGGGACCCACAGAAUAUGAAGGAGAUUCCGAAGCCAAAGGUCAUGAAACUUGACCCCAAUGACGAGAACAUCAUCUUCGGAAUCCCAGACGACCCAGACCCACUUCCGGACGACACGCCCUCCAAGGACAAGAAGGAAGUCCGCCAGUCCACCUUACUGCUGAAAAAGAGAGGCUUGACCAAGCCAGAGUCUGACCAGUUGUCGGAUCCAAGGAAGAAAAAGAAAAAUGUGACCAACGUGUCCCACAAUGAGCAGAAAGACCCCUGGAAUCUGUCCAAUGAUGAAUACUACGACCCCAAACACAGUCUGCAGGAGACAACACUGAGGGCCAGCAUGGGGGGGAACCUAGUACAGCACUCCAUCCCUGCUAUUGAGCUGCGGCAGCCGUUCUUCCCCACACACAUGGGCCCCAUCAAGCUGAGACAGCUCCACAGACCCCCCCUCAGGAAGUUCUCCCACGGCCCCAUGGCCCAGCCCGGCCCUCACAGUGUCCUACCUCUCCUCAAACAGAUCAAGAAGAAAGCUAAGAUGAGAGAACAGGAGAGACAGGCGUCUGGAGGUGGGGAGGUGUUCUUCAUGAGGACUCCCCAGGACCUGACGGGGAUGGACGGGGAGAUCCUGCUGGCAGAGUACAGCGAGGAGUACCCUCCCCUGGUCAGCCAGGUCGGCAUGGCAACCAAGAUCAAGAACUUCUACAAGAGGAAAGCAGGCCACACCACGGGUCCGCCUAAGUUCCAGUACGGUGAGACGGUGUACGCACACACCUCCCCGUUCUUGGGCCCCCUGCACCCCGGACAGGCCCUCCAGGCCUUUGAGAACAACCUUUUCCGCGCACCCAUCUACCAACACAAGAUCCCUGAAACUGACUUCCUCGUCAUUCGCACAAGGAUGCAUUAUUACAUCCGUGAAUUCCAAGGUCUUUUCUGUGUGGGACAAGAAUGUCCCCUGUAUGAGGUGCCUGGUCCUAACUCCAAGAGAGCCAACAACCAUGUCAGGGACUUCCUCCAGGUUUUCAUCUACAGACUGUUCUGGAAGAGUAAGGACAAGCCACGCAGAAUUAAGAUGGAGGACAUCCGUAAGGCCUUCCCAACACACUCAGAGAGCAGCAUCCGCAAACGGCUGAAACUGUGUGCUGACUUCAAGAGGACUGGGAUGGACUCCAACUGGUGGGUACUGAAGCCAGAGUUCCGACUGCCUUCUGAGGAAGAGAUCAGAGCCAUGGUGUCCCCUGAACAGUGCUGUGCUUACUACAGCAUGCUGGAGGCUGAACAGAGGCUCAAGGAUGCUGGUUAUGGUGAGAAGUCUCUUUUCGCUCCAGAGGAAGAAAAUGAAGAGGAGUUUCAGAGAAACAUAGAUGAUGAGGUGCGCACGGCUCCGUGGAACACGACUCGAGCCUUCAUCUCCGCCAUGAAGGGGAAGUGCCUGCUGGCUGUGAUGGGUGUGGCAGACCCUACCGGCUGUGGAGAGGGGUUCUCUUAUAUCAAGGUUCCCAACAAGCCCCAGUCCUCCAAGGACGACAACUCGCCCCAGCCCGUGAAGAGAACGGUGACGGGAACGGACGCAGAUUUGCGCAGGCUCUCACUGAAGAACGCCAAACAGCUGCUGAGGAAGUUUGGUGUGUCUGAGGAGGAGAUUAAGAAGCUGUCAAGAUGGGAAGUGAUAGACGUGGUGAGAACCAUGUCCACAGAGCAGGCCAGGUCAGGCGAGGCGGGGAUGAGUAAGUUUGCCCGCGGGACUCGCUUCUCCGUAGCCGAGCACCAGGAGAAGUACAAAGAGGAGUGUCAACGCAUAUUUGACCUUCAGAACAAGGUCCUUUCCUCAGCCGAGGUCCUAUCCACUGAUGAAGAGAGCAGCUCUGCAGAUGACAGUGACUUUGAGGAAAUGGGCAAAAACAUUGAGAACAUGCUGGCCAACAAGAAAACAAGCCAACAGAUCACUCGUGAGAGAGAGGAGGCUGAGAGGAAGGAGCUACAGAGGAUGAUUAUGGGGGAGGAUACCAGCAAAGAUAGAGACAAGGAUGAUAAGAGGGAAAGUAAGCGUUCUUCGUCUACCGGCACCCCCAUCCCUGGAGCACGUGGUCAGGAUGAUGACUUGGAGAGCAUAGGCUCAUCCUUCACUGGUCGCAGACUGAAGAUCUACAGGACCUUUAAGGAUGAGGAUGGGAAGGAAUAUGUCAGAACAGAGACGGUCCGUAAGCCCUCUGUCAUUGACACUUACGUCCGCAUCAGGACCACCAAAGAUGAGAACUUCAUUAAGAACUGGCUGGCCCAGGAUGAACAACACAAGGAGGAGAUGAGAAGAGAGAGAAGAAGAAUUCAAGAGCAGCUAAGACGCAUCAAAAGGAACCAGGAGAAGGAGAAGAUGGCUCCUCCCCCCAAGAAGAAAAAGAAGAAGCCAGACCAACCUCCACUCAAGUUGAAGUGCGGUGCCUGCGGACAGAUCGGCCACAUGAGGACCAAUAAGGAGUGUCCGCUGUACGAGCGGAGCCACGCCCCUCCCUCCCAUCCCGUUGCGAUGACAGAGGAGCAGGAGGAGGAGGUGGAGAGAUGUACCAUCAAGGAGGAUGAGAACCUCAUCAAGGUGGAGGGCACCAAACUCAUCCUCGGCAAGUCACUCGUGGACCAGGCUGCUGCAGUUCGUCGUGAGUCCCUGAUUCUCAAAUUCCCCAAGGCCAUGCAGCCAAAGAAGGAUGAGAAGAAGAAGAGACGAGUGGGGACAGUCACACACUGUGAUUACCUCAAGAGACCCAAGAAGUCGGCGAAUCGGCGCCGUACGGAUCCUGUGGUGACGCUGUCAUCCAUCCUGGAGAACUUCCUGAACGAGAUGCGAGACCUGCCGAACACGUACCCCUUCCACCAACCCGUCAACCCUCGCAUGGUGGUGGACUAUUACAAAAUAGUACACAGACCCAUGGACCUGCAAACUAUGAGAGAGAAACUGCGACAGAGACAGUACCACUCUCGUUUGGACUUUGUGGAAGACGUUAAACUGAUUGUUCACAACAGCACACUGUACAAUGGUGCAAAGAGCCCUCUGACCCAGAUAGCGCAGGACAUGCUGGGUGUGUGUGAGAAGAGAGUAGCGGAGAAGGAGGACAAGAUCACCCGUCUGGAGAAGGCCAUCAACCCUCUCCUGGACGAUGACGACCAGGUGGCCUUCUCCUUCAUCCUGGAGAACAUCAUCACUCAGAAGAUGAUGAACGUGCCCAACUCUUGGCCCUUCCACCAGCCAGUCAACAAGAAGUUUGUACCAGACUACUUCAAGGUCAUCUCACAACCCAUGGACCUGGAGACACUCAAAAAGAAUGUCCAAUCACACAAGUACCGAAACCGUGAGGCGUUUAUGAAGGACGUGGACCUGAUCCACAGGAACAGUGUGAAGUACAACGGAGCAGACAGCCCCUUCACAUGUACCGCUGACGAGGUCGUCAGGUCAUGUAAGGAAACUCUUGAUGAGUACGAUGAGCACCUGACGCAGCUGGAGAAUGACAUCUGCCAUGCCCAGGAGGCGGCCAUCGCUGCCGCCAUGCAGGACGAGGAUCAGGACGGCAGCAACCUGCCCUCCAACCCUAACAGUCCUCAGCCCGGUGACGCUGACAUGGAGGAGGACAGUCUGAUGGACAACACCACCACGGCUCAUGAUGAGAGCUGGGAGAGUGCCCCGCCCACAGAGCCGCAGCCCGGCCCGUCACGCGAGUCGGUCGGAGACUCGGACUUCAUCGACGUGGUGGGAGACGAGGAAGCCAUGGAGAUGGACCGGUCCAAACGUGUGAGGGGGGAGGAGGGUACAGGUAAGCAUGAGGACACGUUGAUGGAGGACCUGCUGGUGUCGGAGAGUGAGAGUGAUGCGGAGAGUGACCUUCCCUACACCAGACAGGACAGCGAUCUCUCCGACUACUAUGACCAAGGAGACAAUGGUAGCAGCCGGCCUGUGUCUGCUGCCUUUGACAGCUACCAGAAUGAGGACUCCAACUUUGACUACAGCUAUGAUGUGGAAGAUGAAGACAGCCGUCUCCCUGAUGAAGACUCCAACCUCCCGACCGACCUGAACCUGUCUGAGGAUGACGACGAGGAAGAUUCUCGUUACGCGGACGACAACGCCCAGUUCCCUGACAUCAGCAACCCAUAUUUCACGCAGCAGCAGCCACCAGCACAGCGCUCGCUGCAGUUCAGCGACCAGUUCUUCGAGGAGGUGAACCAGGCGGCCGGAGGGGAUUCCCUACAGGCAGCGGAGGGGCUGGACACCAGGGAUCUGGUCGCUCAGGCCAUGGCGGAAAUCGACAACAAAGAAAGUGACGGAGAAGACUUUGUGUCUGUGGGAGGAGAUCUUAGUGAGGAGAGCUCAGAUCCAGAUGUGUAAUAAUGUACCAGAUUGAUGUUCAGAUGAGAGAAGUGUCCAUCAUUAUCAAACUCUUAUAUAGAAAUCAGUAGAAACAUAUAGCAACAGCUAACGGCUGCUAACCCAUUGAAGUAUUGUUUUCUCAUGAAGAGAACUAAGUAAAUAGUUAACCCACACCACGGUGUUUUGGUGUUAAACUUGACACAAAACUGUUUAAAAUGCUUUUUGUAUAGAAAAGAGAAGUAAGACAUGGAUUUUUCUUUGUUACCAAAUGUAAAGCUUGUACAGGAAAAUAGAAUGCCAGAUAUAACUGAAAUAUAAAGAUGCAUCUUUCGGAUGGAAAUUUCAAGCAUAUGGAAGAAGGCAUAAGACUGUACCUGUACAUAAAUACUUUUGUUACUCUGUGAAGAAGGUAUACCUCCUGGUGGAGUAUCGUGGGUAGACGGUUUUUCGUCUUCAAAGUCAAAACACUGGGUUCCCUUUGUUUAAUCGGCAUGCAAUUUCAUACGUCAUCUGCAGGCAUGCCCGUGUCGAUGCACGUGUCUUUAUAUUUACCGUUGCUGUUUUUGCCGUCAAUGUAAUAUUUACAAUGCACCCCUACAUUUAUGAAGCAAAUUGGAAUGGUCCAGAAAACCCGUUGUUUUGAAUGGGGGGGGGGUGGCUUCAGGCAGAUAUGGGGAGGGGUCGAUAAGUAGUACCAGAUGUUUCGGCCCUUGUAUAAGAUAUGGGGCCAUUUUUGGAAGAUGUUCACAGUAAAAACGCAUUGUUCUGUACAGAGUAUUACUGUGUAAUUGACAUGUGGUGUCCAUGGUGAUGCACUUCUUUUUAUUUUCACCAUAGCAGUUUUUAUAUUGAAGUACAUGCAUAUUUUAGAAGCAUCCCUACUUUUACAAUCCUGUGGAAUAGGCCAUUUUGAUAUCACAUAAUUCCUAGCCAGACAACUAAAUGGUUCAUAUACAACAGCAUACAGCGUAUGUAAUGGGUGCAGUCUAUGAAAAGCGUAAAAUUAGCUAUAUUAGUGCCUGGAUUUUCAUGUAGGCGGAAUCAGCAUGAACAAAAGCGCUCAAAAAGCGAGGGCGCAUACAUGAGGAUGGCAUUCAGCACCAAGGA